AUGGCUGGGGGUUCCUUUAGUACAGUCUGGACGGUUGUUCAAUCGACCAGUACCGGACAAUGGGUUGCCAUCAUCGCCACGAUGCCGAUCGCAUUCUUGCUCCUACUCUAUCUCUACGACACACCACUGAGUAUCAAAGACUCCAGACGCCGUCACCUCCCGCCUGGUCCAAAAGGUCUCCCAUUCCUUGGGAAUCUCUUGGACCUCGCAGACACGGAGAAGGUCAGAGAAAAGGCUGUAGAAUGGCAUCAGAAACACGGUGAUAUAUUCUAUACCAAGAUCGCAGGGGCUGACUACAUCUGGCUUUCAUCACCACGCGUGGUGAAAGACCUGAUGGACAAGAAAUCGGCGAUAUACUCCUCGAGAGCGCCAUCUCCCAUGGCUGCAGACACCGUCAGCGGAGGUCGGCGACAGCUGUUCAUGCAGUAUGGUCCGCAAUGGCGCCAGCUGCGCAGGUACAGUCACGCCUUACUCAACGCCAACUCGGCCAUCAAAUACCAGCCGAUCCAGGAUUUCGAGUCGAAGCAGCUGAUGACCGAGCUCCUGGACACGCCCGAGAACUUCUACAAGCAUAACAGGAGAUACAGCGCAUCGGUCAUCAUGAAGCUGACAUACGGCUACCGGCUGCCGACGUGGGACCACCCCAUGGUCCAGCGCAUCUAUAAGGUCCUCGAUAACUUCACCAACGUGUCAGCCCCGGGAGCAUUCGUGGUCGACAGUAUUCCGUCACUGGCAAUGCUGCCGCAAUUCUUGAUGGGAAACUGGAGGGCCAAGGGCCAGAAGAUGUUCGCGCACGACAGUCGAGUCUACAUGGACCUAUGGGAGAAUCUCAAGAAGGAAGUCGAGAACGGGACGGCCGAGGAGUGUUUCUGCAAGGACUUUCUUACCAACGACCCAGCCAAGUACAACAUCGACGAUCUACAAGCAGCUUACACAUGUGGCGGGCUGAUCGAGGCUGGCUCCGAAACAACGGGUACCACCCUGAACAAUUUUCUGCUGUGCAUGGUGCUGCAUCCAGACGCAGUUAAAAAGGCCCAGCAAGAAAUCGAUCGUGUGAUCGGAUCGAGCAGGCUGCCGGCUUGGGAGGAUGAGAAAGACCUUCCCUAUGUCCGGGCUCUGGUGAAGGAGGUGCUCCGCUGGAGACCGGUCAACAAGUUCGGAAUGCCACACGCGACGAGCGAAGAUGACUGGUACCAUGACUAUUUCAUCCCCAAGGGCUCAGUCGUAAUGCUCAACUGGUGGGCCAUUCACAUGGACGCGCAACUCCACGACGAUCCCACAGCAUUCGACCCGUCCCGAUACCUGGCGAGGCCACUGCCGGCGGCGGACUACAUCAACAUCAACGACCCGUACGAGCGAGACCACUUCACGUACGGGGCCGGCCGGCGCGUCUGUCCGGGCGUCCACGUCGCCGAACGCUCACUCUAUAUCAAUAUCGUCCGCACGCUGUGGGGGUUCGACAUUGCCAAAGCCACAGACGGAACCGGCCGUGUUAUCGAGCCCGACACCGAGAUGGUGCCGGGUUUCCUUAGCGUGCCGAAACCCUUUGUGGCCAGUAUCAGACCCCGGAGUCCACAACACCAGAAGGUCAUUCGCGAGGCUUUCCGAGAGACAGAGGCACGUGGUCUCCAUUUCGAGUCAUGA